GCGCUUGUCGAAAUCGUCGUGCCCUCGCGCAAGAGUUGGUGUCGCAGACUCCAUUGUUGUAACUUGCUGUAAGUUCCACUGUAUCUACACGUUAUAUAUAGAUACAGAAUGAGUGUGCGUCGGUUCCGUGGACUCCUCGGAGUGUGUCUCGUGGCGUCCGUCGCGGCCUGGGCCCCCCGUCCGCGUCCCCGUCCCGUCUCGUCGGUUCUCACCGCCCACACCGACGCCAGUCCGCUGGGCACGGCCAUCAUCGCCGGCGCCACGGGCUACAUUGGCAAAUCCACCGUCCGGGAAUCCCUCCGCCAAGGCUACGACACCUUUGCACUCGUCCGGGACGCCACCAAAAUCGACGCCAAGACCAAGGCGGAGUACAUGGACGGCGCCCACAUUAUCGAAUGCGACGUCUGCGACGAAGCGCAGCUGCAGACCGUCUUUCGGGAGAUUGCCGACCGCACCCCCGACCGGAAGGUCCAAGCCGUCGUCUCGUGCUUGGCCUCGCGCUCGGGAGUCAAGAAGGACGCCUACCGCAUCGACUACCAAGCCACGUUGAAUUGUUUGAAUGCGGGUAGAGCCGUCGGCGCCCGACACUUUGUCCUGCUCUCGGCAUUUUGCGUCAAGAAUCCGUGGUUGCAGUUCCAGCAGGCCAAACUCAAAUUCGAAGCCGCCCUGCAGGAACAGUCCGAUAUGACCUGGACCAUUGUCCGUCCCACGGCGUUUUUCAAAUCCGUCUCGGGACAACUAGAAGUCGUUCAGGGCGGCGCGCCCUUUGUCAUGUUCGGCGACGGACAAGUCACGCGCUGCAAUCCCAUUGCCGAAGCCGAACUCGCACAGUACCUCAUGGACUCGGUCACCGACCCGACCCGCCGGAAUCUCGUACGCAACCUCGGCGGACCGGACGAACCGUUGACCAUGCGCAAACAGGGAGAAAUGAUGUUCCGGGCCGUCGACAAGGAACCCAACUACUUCUACGCACCCCUCUGGAUUUUUGACGUCAUCAUCAACGGACUACAGUUCCUGGCCGACGUGACGCGCAGCGAACAGUUGGAAGACGCCGCCGAAACCGGCCGCAUCGGUAAAUACUACGCCGUCGAAGACAUGCUCACCACCGAUCCGGAAGAAAAGUACGGAACCGUGACGCUGCAGGAACACUACAACCGCAUCGCCGUCGAAGGACAAGAGUACGACCCCUACACUACCAUGUUCGCCCGCGCCCGUGUCGGGAAAUUCGGCCCGGAAGAAACCGCCGCCGAAAUCACCACUACCGAACCCGUGACCGGCAAGUAAACGGCGUGUGGGAACGGUCAAUCGGUCGCUCACGGAUGGUGGGCAAGGGAGAUUGUGGAGCGGGCGUGCACUCACACGCUUUCUGGUCUACUUUAAACCCUUACCACGACCUCCCAGGCCGUCGACCGUAAAUACUAUACAUACAACACACUAACAUCCACACUUACAAAAACACUACUCUU